AUGAGUCGGCGUCCCACCUGUAAAUAUCUCAACACCCCUCGCGGGUGUCGUCAAGGCGCAAACUGUAAAUUCAGCCAUGACAGCUCUGCUAUUUCCAACUCGCCCGUCGCUCGUCCCUCAGGGUCCCAAUCAAGUCCGGCUCGUUCACAUAACACGCCGGCUGGUGUGUGCAAUUUCUAUUGGUCGAGAGGAGACUGCAACCGCGGGUUCGAAUGUCGCUUCAAGCAUACAACUCCGAAUAGUUCUCAAACAACAUCCUUUAGCCAAGGCUCUGCAACUACGGCCCCCUUCUUGGCUGAAGGAGGUUUGGCCAAUAUCACUGGGUCAGGUGUAGAUGCCUUCUUUUCUAAUCCAGACCGGUCUUUAUCGCCUGCCGAAGCACAUAACCAUCUCCGGCGAUUUUUAGUUGACGACUACAGGUUUCGAAAGCCCUUCGACGUAUAUGCUUUCCUCGUUCCUUUUAACAGUGCCAAUUCUUCCAAUACUUCUUGGUCAUCUGAAGACGGAGCAUUGUUUCUUUCGACUAUUGCGACGGGAAAUGGGCUGCUUCGUCUCAACGACAUUCUCACUUGGUCGACUGUGGCUACAACAGCCGGAUCAAAUCCCGUAAUUCUCUCUUUCCAACGGGGUUACUUGCCUUUGCUGAGGUUUAUGUCGUCGAAUUUUGUUGUCAAAAGUACUUUGAGUCAUCUUGUAAAUGGCCUUUAUAUGCGCCUCCUGGACAAUUUCGAAGUGUUCAGCAAAAACGUAGAAACGUGCAUGGAUGCCAUCAUGGAAGCCCAAUCCUUCAAAGACCCAAAUGCGAUGGCUGUCAAGGAACCUAUGGGUGGUCAAGUAAUGGAUUCGUUGGCGACCAUACUUUUCGAGUGUUUGACGCGUUUCAAAAAUGCAACGGCAACAUACCCGCAACUAAUCCCGCUUGUCAAAUGUCUCUGCAGAUGGAACGAAGUUUGGGCUACUGGUGUCUCAUCAGUGACUCCAUGUUUUGACGAUGUUCUCAAGGACAACAAGGGGGUCAGGGACCAUUUCAUCUCACACCUCAAGGGUAAGAUGGAGCGCUUAGCUUCAAUCGUUGACCGUGAACAAGCGAAGUUUGACCGUAACACGACAAUGCCUACAUCCACGAAAACGUUUCAUGCAUUGAAUGAAGGGCUUUUAGCUGCCUUACACACGACCUAUGACGGUCCCGGAGUGCUUCGUGUCCAAGGGCCUAGACAUGAUAACGAUUUUGUAGACAUACAAGACAUACGUGUUGCACCAACUCAUGACGAGCUAGUUUGUCAUGCCCCACCCUUUCUACCAGCCAAUAUUUAUGGAGCUCCUCAUCCACUCCCACUGGAAAGCAUGGAGAGAUUGUUGGACAUACAGUUUAGGUUGUUGCGAGAAGAACUCAUCGCCCCGCUUCGCACCUCUGUGCAGUUGGUUCGGGACGAUAUGCUGAGUCCUCGACCCCGCACACAAUUAUCAGACAUUAUCGCCAAGAGGGGUGGCAAGUAUCGCGGGUUCGCAGAUGCCCAAGACAGCAUCAUGUUCAACGUCUACACGAAUGUCCAGUUCUCCCCAUUGACUCCAGACAAGCGUGGGCUCUCUGUUAACCUUUCAUUCGACGCUCCUCCUGGUCGCGCACGAUCAAACCGGGCGGGGGCACGGGCGGCCUUCUGGGAGAGUAUGAGCGGGAAACGGCUUAUGGCUGGUGGUCUCAUUGGACUCGUAUGGAAAUCCAGACGGAAUGUUGCCGUACAUCUUGGCACAAUUUCCAGCUCUCUACGUGACGUCAGUGAAUCCGCCAGACAGAGUGCCGACAGGGUAUCAGCAAAGAUCGUCUUCUUCGACCCCGCUGUAGAUAUCUGCAUACUCAAUGUUUUAAAAAACCCGGCAAGCGAUGACGCAAGCUUAAAGCUUCUCAUCGAAGCACCAGUAAUGUUCGAAGCGAUCCGGCCAUUCUUGGAAGCUCUGAGGGUAGAGCCAGAGUCCCUCCCAUUCAAACAGCAUCUUGUCCAGGGGCCGCCAGAAUAUUUCACGAGGAGCACCAUUGCUCCGCCCAAGUAUGCUCAGCUACCUGGCUUUGCCUAUCAGCUUGCAUCAUUAUUCUCUUCUGAGGCAGGGAUUGAUGACCUCAAGAUGGUUGUUUCCGAUCCCAAUUCUGUAGCUGCUGCACGUGAUGCGUUGAAACAAAGUCGACUGGACCCCAGUCAAGCAGAAGCUGUUGUGGAUGCGCUCACUCGGGAGGUUGCGCUAAUACAAGGUCCACCCGGCACAGGAAAGUCAUACACAGGUGUCGAACUCCUGCGCAUAUUGAAUCAACAUGCGAAACCUAUCCUUAUGAUAGCAUUCACAAACCAUGCCCUCGACCACCUUUUAACAAGUGUUUUAGACGCUGGUAUUACAAACAAAAUCGUAAGGCUGGGGUCACGGUCUUCAGAUGAAAGAAUAUCGAAGUACUCGUUGGAGACCAUGGAGACUGUCGCUGGGCAGUCACGAUUGAAUAGAACCUUUGCUUGCCAUUACCGGGAGCUGAAGCUUAUUGAGAAGGAGAUCAGCAUGUUAAUGAACAAGUUCAAGCAGACUUCGAUCUCAUCGGACGACAUUUUAGAUUUUAUCAAAGUUCAGCAUCCGGAACAUUUUGAGCACAUCCUCCAGCCACCAUCAUGGGUUUCAACACUGCGAGACAUGGAUUUAGAAGACAGUGCGGGGUGGGUUACGACAGAUCGACGUGGCAAGGCUGAGACAGAAGACAAGUCAUUCUAUGGGUUUUGGCUACGGGGUCGCGACCUUGAUUUCCUCGAUCUACAAUACGCCCCAAAGCAAGAGUCACAUCUUGCACCGUACGAGGGAGGUGUCACCACACAAAAUCGUUUUAUCCCCUUACUCGAGGACACAGAAAGCAUCGACUCUACUUUCCCUUCCAUAAGCGACAAAUCUCAGUUGGAGGAUAGUGAUGCAUCUGAUUCAGAUGAAGAGGCCCUUGAGCCAUGGGAGCGACCUGGUGCAUGGGGGGCGGAACAACCAUCCACCCCGUCCACCCCACGCAAUGUUCAGCAGGAAGCAGUGGCUACCGUUAUUGAAGAGACCGGAUCUCCAAAUGAAUCAAAUUCACACUCAUCCGACCUCUCCGAUCCCCUUCGUUUUUUCCAUGCCCUUGGGUUUCUUUCUGUCCCUGCGACUGCAUCUGGUGAACGUUCACUAAACGAUCUACUUGACGAAGGGGCCAUGUGGACAAUGUCAAGGUUGGAACGUCGUCGCCUGCAUGAUUCCUGGACAUUGUCGGUCCGAAACGAAACGUCUCAAAAUCGUUUGCGGGAGUUUGAGGACCUGCGAAGGAAACACGUCGAGAUCUUGAAGAAAUACAACGAGGGAAAGGACGAGACUCGUCGCCAACUCCUCAAAGAUGUCGACAUUAUAGGAUGCACGACAACUGGUGCUGCUAAGCUGACCACGCUUCUGAAGGGAAUUGGCCCUCGUAUCAUGCUGGUUGAAGAAGCUGGACAAGUUCUUGAGGCUCAUGUUCUAGGAAGUUUGGUUCCCUCCGUGGAACACUUGAUUCUCAUUGGGGAUCCUCUGCAAUUACGACCAACGUUGAACAAUUAUUCACUCUCAAUGGAUAGCAGACGAGGGAGUGAACUGUACAAGUUUGACAUGUCGUUGAUGGAGCGCCUUUCUUCGUCUGGUUUUCCUAUGUCACAAAUCGACGUGCAGCGACGAAUGCGUCCAGAAAUUUCAAACUUGAUCCGCGAAACUCUUUAUCCGCGGCUAAUUGAUCAUGACAUAGUCAAAGGGUAUUCGAAUGUCCGCGGUUUCACUAAAAACGUGUUUUUCUUCAACCACGACCACAAAGAAAAUGGCGGAUCUUCUGAAGAAACGACGAGCAAGUUCAACAUGUUUGAGGUUUCUAUGAUCAAAGAUUUGGUACUAUACCUUCUCAGACAAGGGACCUAUUCUCAAGAAGGAGAUAUUGUCGUGCUUUGCGCUUACCUUGGUCAGCUUGCUAAACUUCGGGAUGCUUUGUCAGAGGCAGUUGCUGUCGUGAUUGAUGAAAGGGACCAAGAGGCUUUAGCAGAGAAAGACGAAGAGAGGGAUGACCUUGAAACACAUGUGGAGCAUGUAAAAGUUUCCCGGCGGGUUCGUCUGCGCACUGUGGACAAUUAUCAAGGAGAAGAAGCAAAAAUCAUUAUUCUUUCGUUGGUUAGAAACUCGGGCGCGGUGGGCGAGGACGUACGGGGGAAUAUGAAAAGCAUUGGGUUUUUGAAGUCGGAGAAUCGCACAAACGUGGCUUUAUCCCGAGCUAAAGAAGGAUUGUACAUUCUUGGAAAUGCUGCACAAUUGGCUUCAAAGAGUCGCAUGUGGCGCGGCGUCAUUGAACAACUGGAAGCUGUCGAGAGCAUUGGAACCGCAUUUCCUAUAGCAUGCCAACGUCAUCCGACUGCUGUUGAAUAUGUUUCAAUGCCAGGGCAGUUGCCGCAAUUUGCACCGGAUGGUGGAUGCCUACGUCCAUGCGAUGCUCGACUCAAAUGUGGUCAUGUUUGCUCAUAUAAGUGUCAUCCGGAUGAUCCCAACCAUCUGGCAGUUCUUUGUUCACAAGACUGCACAAGACUAUGCUCUCGAGGACAUCCAUGCGGGAAAGAGUGCUCCCAGCCAUGUGGACCGUGCAUGUUUGAGGUGGCCGAAGUUCAACUUCCUUGUGGGCACUCUUGCCCCUCUGUACCAUGCUAUCGCCUAGAUGAUCUCGAAAAUAUCAACUGCGGCGUAAUAAUCAGGAAGGCCCUCAUAACCUGCGAACAUUUUGCAGAUAUGGCCUGCUCAGCGGAUCCUGAAAGUUACGUUUGCAAGAAGCAGUGCGGCGGCGUCACAACUUGCUGUGGGCGGGACUGUAGAGCACAGUGCCAUCAAUGCCAGAUGAAGAAUGCAACCUCCCUCGAGAAAAUGCGCAUUGAUCGCAAGAUCCAUGUCCAACAUAACUGCGAGAAGCUCCUUUAUUGCGCUCACCGAUGCUCCAAGCCAUGUUCGUUGGAUCACGAAUGUGCGACGACAUGCAACGAAGAAUGUCGUCAAAAGUGUGUUCACACCCGUUGCCGGCAAAAUUGCUCAACGCCUUGCGCACCUUGCCAAGAGCCUUGUACCUGGAAUUGUGCUCAUCAGCGUUGUCAUGUAGCCUGUGGCUCGGUUUGUGCACGAAUCCCUUGCGACAGGCGAUGUAAUAAGAAUCUGGCAUGCGGUCAUCAAUGUCCAUCUGUUUGUGGUGAAGACUGUUCGAUCCAAGUCUGUCCCUUGUGUGCUCCCAACGAGCUUCGAGCAAAAACUGUAGACCUGGUCCUUGGUCUGACUCUUGCAGAUAUCGUAGUUGAUGAUGCGACUCUCGACAACUUGCUCAUCACACUGCCCAGUUGUGGUCACUUUUUCACAGUCGAAACACUGGAUGGCGUUUGCUCUAUCGGCGAUUUCUACACGUGUGGCGAGAGUGGCUGGAUUGGCUUAAGAGCCCCUCAGAAUUCCUCAGGCGAAAGACGGAAACCACCUGUGUGCCCCACAUGUCGCACGGCGAUUACAUCCCCUCGUUACGGCCGUGUGUUCAAGUCCGCCGACCUAGAUAUCUUGGAGAACAACGUCAUAUCUCGAAUGUCCCGGCAACUUAGCUCUAUCCAGAAAUCACUCUCUGGAGUUAACAAAUCUGAAGUUGAGAGACAGCUGAUGGAUGCGUUAACAAACGUUGUAUCUGUUUCGUCCGUGCCCUGUCCCAGAAGCGUGCUAAAGGAUGAUCGUCGUGCUCGAGAGAAGAUUCUUACUGAGAUUCGGAGCUCACCUUUGCCUUCAAAAUAUCUGAUUCCCACCGAAACGCUCUUCACAAUUUCACCUGCUAUAGCAUCCAUCUGGAAGAAAGUUACUCAGCCUUUAAUACAGAUUUAUAGCCAAGCAACCAAAGUUGCCAAUACGCGAUCGGCACAUCUACGUGCAUGGGAAUCCGCUUUCUCUUUCCUCUAUCAGCAGGAAAUGGAACUCGCAGUUGCGGACCCCGGUCGAGCACCAAGACGACUGAAGGAGCAUGCUUUGCGAAUGGCCCGAAUGAAUGUUGGACAACCCCAGCCUCGCGGAGACAAGAGGUUCCUUGUGGAAGCUAUUUGGGCAACCCUGCAUAUUCGUUUCUAUCUGGCAGACUUGGCUCGGCUAUGGCUGGAAGGCAUUGGGGGGAAGAGAGACUACUCUCCACAGCAAAAACAAAUGUGGGCUUGCUAUGCCCUUUUCAUCCUAAACUCUUGCGCACAAGAUGUCCGGAUUGCAUUGGACAUAGCCGAAGAAUCCGAAGGACGGCGUCAAAUAACAAGGACCAUGGUUUUACUCAUGAGAGUAGAUCUUGAGCGCUUUCGCCUCAAUCUAGAAAUAAUGCGCCAAAGCGGCAAGCUGGGAGAAGAACGACGCAGGCUUGCUGACGAUGCACUAGAAAAAAAAGAAAUCGCGGAUCAACAUGUUCAUGACGUCUACAAGGCACAUUGCGCCCGCCUUCCCCAAGAUGGUGAAGAGUGGAUAAAAACCCACUUUCUGGAAAUAGCAACAACCAUUCGAGAUGAAUGGGCGAAUAUCGAAAAAAGCGUUCGGGCUGAAACCUUUUAUCAGCCGGUGUCACUGGAAGAGAAGAUUGCAAUUGUGAAGGCUUUGGACUUUUCUCACACUGGCCACUUUUACAAUUGUCCCAAUGGCCAUACUUUUGUGAUUACUGAGUGUGGAGGAGCAAAUAUGCGGUCGACCUGCCCAGAGUGUGGUGCCGGCAUCGGCGGCGCAAAUCACAACCUCGAUUCUCAAAACACCCGCGCAAUGGAUUUUGAAGAAGUCGCUCGACAACAAGGCGCGGCACGUAGUCCAUUUACGUGGGGUGUUUAA